GCCAACUCCAGUCUCAUCCCAGAUCCACCAAGUGCCUGUCCCAGUGGUAUUUUGUUGAUAUUUUGUAAGGAGUCCGUCUGAGACAAAAGCUCAAGGACAGAUCGACAAGAAGACUCAAUAACCUCGUUGCGCAGCGAGACAUGCAGCGAUACUGGAGGAGUCGACACUUGUGCUGACAGUUUGUGGUGAAAGCGGAACACUUGUGCUGUCACAUGAGUACUUUCUAUCUGCGCUGAGACAUCUCUGCUCGGACAAAGAUGGGAUUUGAUGAUAUCUCAGAGCCAUAAUGUUACAAGGAAGGACAAUCUUUGCAGGAAGUGGAAUGCAGGUGCACAUGUUUAUUCCUGCUUGCCUUCUCUUCCUGGCCUUGCCGUGCACAUGCUUCCUCCCGAACUUUUGGUCACGAGUGUUGCUGUUGUCCUGGAAUUCACACACACACCAGUCCAUCACAGAGCAGGCCAUUCUUAAUGCCACCCUGGAGACCCUGAAGGGCAUCAAAGGCCAUGACAGAGACCUUUCAGAGGAGGAGACUAGAUUGGGCCGUGGCUUCUGGAGAGCUGUGCGAGAAGUGGCGAAAUCCAAUGCAGCCGUGGAUUUCCUGAGCAGCACCCGGCUGGACCCGAUCUACCAUUUUGAUUCGGAGCGAAUUGACAGUGCCACGGUGAUGUUACAGCAGUUCUGGACUCAGACUGUGCUCUCUGUGAGAGCUAAAGAGUACCAAACUGCCCGUCAAAGCUUGGGACAGCUAUUUCAUUCCCUCCAGGACUUCUACAGCCACAGCAACUGGGUUGAGAUGGGCCGGCGCUCCAUUUACCUCCACCUGCUUUCACCAGAGGAGCCGGCCAUCCCUGUAGCCAAUGAAGACACUCCUACCUGUAUGGAGUGCUUCAGCCUUACCUGCCGAAACAACCUUCUGCCACAACUGACGGUUCUGCAGGGAGAGUCUCCGCUGCUCACCACAGGCUACGCCAACACUUUUCCUCCAAAACCUGCAGGCAAAUGCAGUCAUGGAGGCAUUCUGGACAGCAGUCGCCACACAGGGGCGAAAGGAGGCAUCAAUAAAGACAGCACCUCACCUUUCUUCUCCCCUCAUCAUUAUCUUCACAAUGAAGCUGCUGCUUUGGCGACCGAGGCAACGCUGACUGUACUGAGAGAUCUCAGAGACACCGUCGGUCCCGAGGCCUUCCUCAGGCUCUUCAGUGUGAAACAGAUUCCUGCUCUGGUGUUUGUCAUGGACACUACUGGCAGCAUGUUUGAGGAGAUCACCGCCGCCCGCCUCCGUGCUCACUCCAUCAUCCAGAGCCGGGCCAAACGCUCCGGCCAGGCGGGAACUUUUCUACUUGUACCAUUUCACGAUCCAGGGUUUGGACCCGUGUAUGAGACCGAAGACCCAAACCAGUUUAUGGAGCACAUGGAGGACCUGUUGGCCCUGGGAGGAGGGGAUGAACCUGAGAUGUGCCUCUCUGCCAUUCAGCUGGCUCUCACUCACAGUCCACCACUGUCUGAGAUUUUUGUGUUCACUGACGCGUCCCCCAAAGAUGCACAUUUGUUUGAUGCGGUUAGAGCCCUCGCCCUGGAAAAACAGAUCAAGGUGACAUUUCUCUUAACUGAAGACCCCAACUACACAACAGAGAGCAGAGCAGCAAGGAGGAAGAGGAGGAGGAGGAAGAGAAGUAGAGAAGCUCCUUCCCCUAAUCGCUUCUCACUCUACUCGUCGUUGUCCUUCGUAUCAGGCGGUCUCACGAUCUUCACCACCAACUCCGACAUCCACAGGGUCUCUAGCAUAGUGGAGGACAGCACAGCUCCCGAUAAGGUGACUCUUCUGCAUGUGGAAAGCGACCAAGAACCGACGUCUCUUCAUUCCUUCAGAGUUGACACUUCAGUCAGAAAUGUGACCCUGCAUGUCUCAGGCACGAUGACAGAGUGUGUCCUCACUAAUCCCUCAGACCAAAAGCAAUCUCUGUUGGAUGAGACAGUUAAAGAGCCUCUUGCAGAGCUGCAGCACUUCCAGGGUCUGUACCGCAUCAGCUUGCUGCCCCCAGUACAGCCUGGUCAGUGGAAACUACAAGUCAAGAGCGACGGACACCUCACCUUCAAUGCAAUAGGGGACAGCAGUGUGGAUUUCCUGUAUUACUUUGCCACUGUUACCAAUGAGACGCACCCAGGACUGGCCAGGGUCGAGGGUGCUCCUGUGGCAGGUGUGCCUGCCUUCCUGGUGCUGGCUGUCACUGGCCUGGCUUCACAGGAAGAGGCAACUUUCAGCCACGCAACACUGCUGGGAGCUGAAGGGGAGAGCCUUCAGCGGGUCAAGCUGAAUUCCUCCUCCUCCUCCUCCUCCUCCUCCUCCUCUUCAUCGUUUUACUCCACCGAAGAGCUCGUGGGAUUGGUGGAUCCUGUUCCCAGAGUUCCUUUCUGCGUUCGACUUACAGGCCAGGACAGCAGAGGAAACAAGCUGGAGAGGCUUUCUGCAGAGAUGGUGCAGCCCACCCACGUACAGAUAGAGGUGUUAACCAUCCCUCGCCUCGUACCUGGACACAGCACAACGGUGACCUUCAAGAUCUUGAACCACGGGCCGGCCCGACUCUUCAGUUUGACUGCCGAUGAUGACUGUGGAUAUCUUCGCACCAGAGGACCGCACAGAUUUCCUGUCGAAGCACAAGGGUCAUUUCGUGGCCAGGUCGACCUCCACACUCCCGCCACAGCUGGAGCAGGAGCCUCCGUCACCCUCACCUUCAACGUGCAGGCUCUCGAUUCUCCGGACUCAAAUUACGCAGUGGCCUACCUGACUGUGGUUCCCCCGGAUCCAGACACUUCCCCACCGUCCUGCUCUGCAGCACGAGUUCAGACGAGCUGCUCUUCGGUUUGUGGCGAGUCCAGCUGGAGCGUGUCUUUAGUUGUGUCAGAUAUUGGUCGCUCUGGGCUCGCUGCUCUCCAGCUGCAGAGAGGCGCAGGUAAUCUAACAGUAUUCCACAGUCCUCCACCCAUGGAGGAGCCUCCAGCAAGGCCCCAGUCUGGCCCUGACCAGCAGCAGGUACGCAGGGAAGAGACGACCAGUGGAAACCAUCACCAUCAGCAUCAGCACCAACAUAAAGCCAGAUUAAAGUCCAGAGACCCUCCUCUGAACGUUUCUGAAUGGGUGCUGAAUUCAUCGCAGCCGCUCUGGGUGAGGUACACAUCCAGCUGUUGCUCCGCCGAGGCAGAGGUGCUGGUGUGGGACUCAGCCGGAAACAUGAAACGCUGCCAUUUAAAGUCUGGUCAGCAUCUGAGAGACCGGAGCACAGAACCCAGCAGAGCUGGACAGAUCACGCCGGCGGCCAUGUUUGUUUUUGUUGUACAGCUGUGCCUCUGCUCUGAACUGAUGUGAUGGCAAAUGUUUUGCUGGUCAAAAUGAUCUAUGUAUCUAUUUGAUAUGGUGUUUAAC